AUGUUCCCCACCUGGCGCGCCGUGUGUCUUUUCCUGGCCCUCGCAGUAUGUCUCUUCCAAUUGGCGCUCGCCGCGGAAGACUACUACAAGACUCUCGGGCUGGAUAAGUCGGCCAACGAGAGGGAUAUUAAGCGCGCGUAUCGGAAUCUGAGCAAGAAGUUUCAUCCGGAUAAGAACCCAGGCGACGAAUCCGCACAGAAGAAGUUCGUUGAAAUCGCCGAAGCCUACGACGUCCUCUCCACGGCAGCGACGAGGAAGAUCUACGACCAAUACGGCCACGAGGGCGUCGAACAGCACCGACAAGGCGGCUCGGCGGGCCACCAGGCGCACGACCCCUUCGAUCUGUUUUCGCGGUUCUUUGGCGGGGGCGGCCACUUCGGACAUGCGCCGGGGCAUCGACGCGGCCCCGACCAGGAGUUCCGGGUUGGAUUGCCGCUGCGGGAUUUCUACAAUGGGCGGGACUUCUCGUUCAUGGUCGAGAAGCAGCAGAUUUGCGAUUCGUGCGAGGGCACGGGGUCGGCGGAUCGCGAGGUCAUCACGUGUGAUAAGUGUUCUGGGCGCGGGGUCGUCAUUCAGAAACACCAGCUCGCGCCAGGCAUGUUCCAGCAGGUGCAGAUGCAUUGCGACAAGUGUGGCGGGCAAGGGAAGAUGGUCAAGAAGCCGUGUCCCGUCUGUCAUGGACACAAAGUUCUGAAGAAUCAGGUCGAGACGUUUGCCACCGUCGAGCCGGGGAUGGGCAAGGGCACGAGAAUCGUGUUCGAGAACGAGGCUGACGAAAGCCCCGAUUGGAUUGCGGGCGAUUUGGUCAUCGUUCUGGAUGAGAAGGAGCCCGAGGUUGGUGGCGCGGAGGAGGAACGCACCGACGGGACGUUCUUCCGGCGAAAGGGCAAGGAUCUGUUUUGGAAGGAGGCGCUCUCGCUGCGGGAGGCCUGGAUGGGCGAAUGGACUCGCAAUAUCACGCAUUUGGAUGGACAUGUUGUUCGUCUGGGGCGGAGUCGUGGGCAGGUCGUGCAGCCGUUGUCUGUUGAGACGGUCUCGGGCGAGGGCAUGCCAUUCUACUCGGAAAGCCAUCUCCAUGAUCAUGAUGGGGACGAAGAGCCUGGGAAUCUGUAUGUCGAGUAUACGGUCGUUCUGCCGGACCAGAUGGAGAGCGGCAUGGAGAAGGACUUCUUCGCGCUGUGGGAGAAAUGGCGCAAGAAGAACGGCGUCGAUCUGGCCCAUGACAGCGGAAGACCCAUGCCCCCGCCGCCCGUCAAGGACGAGUUAUGA